AUGAAUUCAGAUCUUCUCUCUUCCCCGCUACAUGCUCAAUCCUCAUUGCCUCCAAGCAGCGCACCCCUUCCUUCUCUAACGCCCACCAGACGAUCCACACCGAGACGGGCGCCCGACGUCUUGGCUUUUGACAACGAUGAAGCUCAAGAAGCUAGAGAAGAUGACGCACAUCCGGGUAGAAGGAGGCGCAAACAAAGGAUGCAACAAAUCAAUCGCGACGUACCUAUCGUCAAGGAUGCGGUCGGGGAGAGUGUCGCAGAGGCUUUCGAGACGUUCUUGAAAACCUUCACUGAAGAGGUGACUCUCGCCGGGACACCAGGCUCUGAAGGCGAUCUUCCCGGCACAGCUGAUGGCGAGCUCAUAUACAUCGAGCAAAUCCACACUAUGCGCGAAUACGAGUUGACUACACUCUACGUCGACUAUAGCCACCUUCUCCAGAAGGAUGACGUCCUUGCGGAUGCUAUUCAAAUGCAAUACUACCGUUUCCUGCCAUACCUCCGUCGCGCGCUCCAAAACCUUGUAGCAGAAUAUGAGCCGGAGUACUUGAAGAUCAACCCGACGGCUGCGGCCACUGAUUCAGUCAAUCUCCAAUCUCGGGAAUUUAACAUUGCUUUCUAUCACCUUCCGCUCGUGUCUGCGAUUAGGGACCUCCGGACGGACAAAAUCGGGACGUUGAUGAGCAUUAGCGGUACGGUGACUAGAACGAGUGAAGUCCGGCCUGAAUUGCUCUUCGGUAGCUUCAUUUGCGAGGUCUGUGGAGGUCUCGUAAACGAGAUCGAACAGCAGUUCAAAUACACAGAGCCCAGUCUCUGUCCAAACCCGACGUGCAACAAUCGCAGCGCUUGGCAGCUCCAAAUCGACACAUCGAAAUUCACGGACUGGCAAAAAGUUCGCAUCCAAGAAAACCCGUCGGAGAUUCCAACAGGUUCCAUGCCUCGCUCACUUGACGUCAUCCUUCGUUCCGAGCUUGUCGAACGCGCGAAAGCUGGAGAUAAAUGCGUCUUUACGGGUACAUUUAUUGUGGUCCCUGACGUCAACCAAUUGGGGCUAGUAGGAGGGAACAAAGCAGAACUUGUGCGGGAGGCGAACAAGGGUAUGAACGGUGCUGCGAAUGCUGUGGGUGGCAGUGGGGUCACUGGGUUGAAGAGUUUGGGGGUCAGAGAUUUGCAAUAUAAGACCGCAUUCUUGGCCUGCAUGGUUCAUGACGCUGAUGGACGAGGCUCGACAAAUAUCCGAGGUGAAGGCGACGAAGCCGAAGAUGAUGGGCAGGCAUUUGCGCGCUCCUUGACGGAACCCGAGUUCGAGGAACUCAGGCGUAUGAUAGAGUCAGAUCAUAUAUACUCCCGGCUAGUGGAGAGUAUAGCACCGACGGUCUACGGGCACGAGAUCGUGAAGAAGGGCUUGCUUCUUCAGCUCAUGGGAGGUGUUCAUAAACAGACACCAGAAGGCAUGCACCUUCGAGGCGAUAUCAAUAUCUGUAUAGUCGGCGAUCCCUCUACCUCGAAGUCUCAAUUCUUGAAGUACAUCUGUUCUUUCCUCCCUCGAGCAGUGUAUACUUCGGGCAAAGCCUCGUCAGCGGCUGGUCUCACAGCGGCUGUAGUCAAGGACGAAGAGACUGGCGAUUUUACCAUCGAGGCCGGGGCUCUGAUGCUCGCAGACAACGGCAUCUGCGCGAUCGACGAGUUCGACAAAAUGGACAUCUCGGACCAAGUGGCCAUCCACGAGGCCAUGGAACAGCAGACAAUCUCGAUUGCUAAGGCUGGGAUCCACGCUACACUCAAUGCGCGAACAUCCAUUCUCGCAGCCGCAAAUCCUAUCGGGGGCAGAUAUGACAGGAAAAAGACUCUAAGGUCAAAUGUCGCGAUGACAGCUCCGAUCAUGAGUCGUUUCGACUUGUUCUUUGUCGUGCUUGACGAAUGCGACGAGAAGACAGAUUUGAAUAUCGCGAAGCAUAUCGUUAACGUCCACCGAUUCCAGGACGAAGCUAUCAAUCCGGAGUUCAGCACAGAGGCACUCCAGAGGUACAUCCGCUACGCCAGAACGUUCAACCCUAAGCUCACGCCUGAAGCCGCAGACGUCCUGGUGGAGAAGUAUCGAAUUCUCCGUCAAGACGACGCGUCGGGGGCAGGCAGGAACUCGUAUCGCAUUACGGUCCGUCAAUUAGAGAGCAUGAUCCGACUGAGUGAGGCCAUCGCUCGGGCCAACUGCACUUCAGAGAUUACCCCCGUCUUUGUCCGCGAGGCUUACAGCCUCCUCAAACAGUCCAUCAUCCACGUUGAACAGGAUGAUAUCGACUUCGAUGAAGAAGAACUGCAAGGCGAGCGUGAAGGUGCUGCGCAACCACACGCCGACGAGGACAGUCAGGACGUCGAAAUGUCGGCCGUCGAAACCACAGACCCCUCGGAAGAAUAUGUAUCGACCGCUAUCAACGAGAGUAGUACUACUGACUCUGAGAAUCUGGGCGGCGGCUCCAUCCCACAUUCACAGAGCAUGGCCGAUGACGAGAUGCCCAAAAUGCCGUUGGUACCCAAGCGAAGAAUGGUGAUCACGCAUGACAAAUACAUCAAUCUCCAAACUCUUCUCGUGCUCCAUCUCAGUGAAGUGGAGCGGGAAACUGGGAAGGGUGUGGAUCGGGACGAGUUGAUUGACUGGUACCUGGAACAACAGGAAGAUAACAUCCGCGACAUCGAGGAGCUCGAGUACGAGAAAGAGCUGAUCACGAAGGUCCUGAAGAAGCUUGUGAAGGACAACUAUUUGAUUCAAAUCAUGGGUGAUGUGCAAAAUUCGCUGCCGUCUUUGGAAGAGAGUGGUGAGCAGGAAGGUGAUGUCCGUGUGUACUAUAUGGUUCACCCGUCUGUGGAUACGGAGGGGUCUUCUUUGUCCACAUCCUGA